AUGGCUCGUGAGGAAAGGCGUGACACCCUCCUAAACACCAUAAACCAACAACUGACAGACAAUAUAAGUUUUAUGGUAGCUUCCCAGCAGCGUAGUGAGCGAGCACAUCGAACUGUCACUGAGUCUUUGCUUACAAUCACUAAUGAGCAGCAACGCACACGACAGUCUAAUGAGCGUCACUUCGCUCUCAUCGACUCCAACCAAGGAGCUCUUCUAGGUCGCUCUCGGCAGCUACAGGAAGGACUUAGUGAUAUUGACAAGCAUCCAUUUAGAAUCUCUCGUCUUCAAAUGGUGCAUGUUGAUGAUGUGGCACAAGCACAUAUAUUCCUACUUGAACAUUCUAAUCCAAAAGGGAGAUAUAAUUGCUCAGCAUUCACUACAACUGUUGAAGAAAUAAUUGACAUUAUUUCUUCAAAGUAUCCUGAAAUUCAAAUUCCAAAAUCCAAAGUGUUUAUGGGAGCUAACGAUCCUACGUUUCCACUCUUAACAUCAAAGAAACUCAUGGAUGCUGGAUUUGAGUUCAAGUAUAGUGUUGAGAAAAUGAUUGAGGAUACAAUUGAAUGUUAG